CCACUAAGAGCCACACUGGGAGGGAAAGCGCUCCCGGUUCCUUCCCGCUGCUCUCACGAUCGCUCCCGGCGCUCCCACGAUCGCUCCCGGUGCCGCGCGGGGCGGGGCUGCUUUGGAACCGCCUCGGGGCAGAGCGCGGCUGCUUUUGGGUGUCGGCACCGCCCGGGCCGGGCUGGGAGCGGAGGAGGAGCGGGAGGAAGAGGAGGGACAGAGGAGGGGGAAAAGGAAAGGCAGGAGCGGCAGGAAGACGAGGAGGACGAAAAGGAGGAGCGCAGGAAACUUUCCCCCCUCGGACCCCGCAGAGACCAGAUGGAUGGGGGAGCCUGACGGAGUCUUCCCGCCCUGUUGGAGCAAUCCGGAGGAGCAGGAAGCCUCUCACCUCAGCACUCAGCUGCAAGCAAAUUUCCCAUUCCCAGACCUCGGCCCGAUGGAGGAAGAGGAGGCCACAAGGAAGAGGAAGAUGUCCCGGGAGCCGCAGGCAGACACGGAGCUGAGCACGGAGCCCAGGGAGGACAAAUCCCUGCAGCAGAACCUCGUGGGAGAGGCCGUUUGGAGCGGCUCCACGGCACAGGAAUCCAUCGGGGAGGAGAAGCCCCGGGGAUCCCUCACGAGGAGGAGCUGCAAACACAGAUCUCAGGGAUCCGAGGAGGAAAGACCCACCCUGGGCCAGGGAGGCGGCCACAGCUCGGAGCUGGGUGUCCAUGAGCAGCUUCAAGAUGAGGAGAAGCCCCACAAGUGCUCAAUGUGUGAGAAGAGCUUCAGGUGGAGAUCCUACCUGAUCUGCCACUGGAGAACCCACACGGGGGAACGGCCCUACAAGUGUGGGGUAUGUGAGAAGAGCUUCAGCCGGAAAUCCUACCUGAUUGUCCACCAGAGGAGCCACACUGGGGAGAGGCCCUACGAGUGUGGGGAGUGUGGGAAGAGCUUCAGCAGGAAAUCCAACCUGAACUCCCAUUGGGGAAUCCACACCAGGGAGAGGCCCUACAAGUGUGGGGUGUGUGAGAAGAGCUUCGGCCGGAGGGAACACCUGAUCUGCCACUGGAGAAUCCACACGGGGGAACGGCCCUACGAGUGUGGGGAGUGCGGGAAGAGCUUCAGCCAGAGCUCCCACCUCAUUGCCCACAAGAGAAACCACACAGGGGAGAAACCCUAUGAGUGUGACCAAUGCAAGAAGAGGUUUCAGUCCAGCUCCAGUCUCCUCAUUCACCAGCGGAUUCACACGGAUGAGAGGCCCUUCCGCUGCCCCGACUGCGGGGUGGGCUUCAACCAAAACUCCACCCUCCUCGCCCACCGACGCCUCCACACAGGGGAGAGGCCCUACGAGUGUGAGAAGUGUGGGAAGAACUUCAGCAGGAAAUCCAACCUGAUUAUCCACCAGAGGAGCCACAUGAGGGAACGGCCAUACAAGUGUGGGGAGUGUGGGAAGAGCUUUACCCUGAGCUGCAACCUCAUUGUGCACCAGAGGAGCCACACGGGGGAGAGGCCCUAUGAGUGUGAUCAAUGCAAGAAGAGGUUUUCCACCAGCUCCCGUCUCAUCAAGCACCAGCGGAUCCACACGGAUGAGAGGCCCUUCCUCUGCCCCAACUGCGGGAUGGGCUUCAUCGACAACUCAACUCUCGCCAACCACCAGCGCAUCCACACCGGGGAACGGCCCUACGAGUGUGGGGUGUGUGGGAAGAGCUUCAGGCAGAGGUCUGCCCUGAUUGUCCACCAGAGGAGCCACACAGGGGAGAGGCCCUACAAGUGUGGGCAGUGUGGGAAGAGCUUCAGACAGAGCAACAGCCUCAUUGCCCACCAGAGGAGUCACACGGGGGAACGGCCCUACGAGUGUGGGGAGUGUGGGAAGAGGUUUAGCCAGAGCUCCAACCUGCUCAAACACCAGAGGAGCCACACAGGGGAGAGGCCCUAUGAGUGUGAUCAAUGCAAGAAGAGGUUUCAGUCCCGCUCCAAACUCGUCAUUCACCAGAGGAUUCACACGGGUGAGAGGCCCUUCCACUGCCCCGACUGUGGGAUGAGCUUCAAUCAGAUCGGCACCCUCGUCACCCACCGGCGCCUCCACACCGGGGAGAGGCCCUACGAGUGUGAGGAGUGUGGGAAGGGCUUCUCAAGGCGCUUUCUCUUGACCAGACACCAACAGAGUGAGCACUAAGGGAAGCCCUACGAGUUCCCCGAGUGCAGGAUCCACGCUGGAUGGUCCCCAGUGAGCCCCGGUGGGCAGAGCCCCGGUGAUCCGUGGGGUCGGUGAUCCGUGGUGGGAAGAUUCCUGCCUGGGGGCUCCACAUCCCUCUGGUUCCCCGUGGCCUGGAUUUCCUUUUCAGUUCUCUUUGUCCUUUCAA